GCCGCCGCCGCCAUUCCACCAAAUACCCCUCGGGAUCCUUCCACAAACCAGCUUCUUUUCCCCAAUCCAAUCCAGCCAACCAGCGCCAGCCUCUGCUUCCCCUCGAUCCACCCAAGCCCAUCGAUCCUCUACCUCCUCGCUCUCCUUCGUCGACCAGGGAGACGAGCUCAUCCCGAGCGCCUCCGCCUUACCUCGUCGCCGGCCGGCUUCGUCGGAGACCACCCCUGCAAGGACCGACCUCUUCUGCUCCCCUUCCUCCUUCCCGUUUCCUUCUCCUCCUCUCUCUCAACUCCCUCUCCGUCUAUGUACCAGGUAUGAUCAGGAGAGCACCCGACUCCAUGGAUGGCCUCGAGUUCUUCCCCAACGCCAGCCUUCUCAACCACCUCGCGUCACCGCCUCCCGUUGCAGCUGCUUCCUCGAGCUCCCUCACAUGGCGUCCAUGGCGCCCGGGUUCCUCCUCAACCCUGCCAUCUUCAGCACCCGCGCCAUGGAUCUCCAUGUCCACCGGCUCGCCUCCGCUUCGAUCCGGCAGGGAAAGGGACCCCGGCGAUCUCCCGUGACCGGACCCGGCCACCCCGACGCCCUAUGCCCUCGGGCCCCAUCGGACCUCCUUCCUCUGUGCCAAGCAUCGCCGGCCGGCCAUCGAAGCCGCGGGCCAAGCUCCUCUGCUCGCUCGCCUGCAUCCGCCUCGUCCCUGCUCCAGAGAAGGACGAGCAGCGCCGUGCUGUUGACUGCAUCGCCAGAUCCGCCGCCCACGUCCUCGACUGGAUACGCCAUGCUCCCCGUCCUCCGCCCAAGUCCCUACCGAUGCACCGCCGUUGGCCAAGCCUCACCUCUGCUUCGCUUGAACAGGGAGGAGAACGCCUCUGCCUCUGUUCGCUCAGGCCGCCCUCGCGUUGACCGGGCACGAUGCCACAACGACCGCGCGUGGGCCUCAUCUUCCCUCGCCCCGGCCCAGAGCUUCCUCCAGCAAGUCCGGCCCAGCACCAAGGCGCAGUCCCAGCUCCCUUCGCCCUCGAGGCCCAGCUCCGCACGCGCCUGCAGGCCCAAUCUUGCAGGUGCCGAUGAGUCCGUGCAGAUGACGCAAGCAAACUCAAGGAGGAGCUCGAUGAAGAUCUUGUCCUUUGUGUUGUUCUGUUCUAGUUAAUCAGUAGUGGAGCCCAGUUGGG